AUGCCCUUGUCGUCGUUCUACGAUAUCGGCACAGUCUUCCUCGCCGUGAUCAUCGUCUGUACGGCUGCCGGCAGAUUUGCUCGCCUCAUGGCCCCUCGUGCGCAUGCAGAGCGAGAAGAGGACAAGCUUGACCGUAACCCUUCCUUGAAGCUACCACAGAAGCCACCCAAAGAAUCUCCUCAUGCUCCCUCCUCGUGUGCUCAGCCCAGACUGCAGGCGCAAAGAGCUAUGCUCCUUUCCUCAUGGACGCACACGCCUAAGCCGAGAUUCGAAAAGAGAUAUCCGCUGAGCAGCUUACCCUCGUCACGUGUGGCUGUACAUUUCAAUGCGCGAGUAGCCCUGUCAGACGAGCUCCUUAGCAGCAUCAGUGCGGGCGUGCUCAAUCGACUCGAGCACACGGCCGUGCGGCCAAUAUCGAUCCGCCAUGUGGAGAUGCGCGCCAUCAGAUCAGCGGGGACAUUCAUCGCUGCUCGGAUACAGCUCACAUCGGCACCAAACGAGACAGCAUAUGACCGCGAAUCGCGUUGUAUACGAAGCUUGAUCGAUCCGAGCAAGCCCAUCCUGCGCUCUAUGAUCGCCAAUGCUGUCGUCACAGCUGCUACACUGACACCGGCCGCGCUGGACGCCAUGGACAACAACGAUCCCAUGAUGGCUGCCAAUAUCUCGGCUGCUUUCAGUGAUAUUUCGGACAACACUGCCAAACAGGCUAUACACGAGGCUAUUCUCGACCUGUUGGAUGCGCACUGGACGGAGCCGACAGAGGAGAUCAAGUCUAGGAAGCCAAGAUGAAGU